AUGUCCCCUCACCUGUCUCCGCCGCCGGCGGUCACCGUGCGCCAAGUCCUGUCGAACGCAGCAAAGCGCCAGGUCACGCUGACGCAAGUUUUCACAUACCCCGACUCGACAAGCACGGCUAUAGUAACCCUUGAUCGCAGUGGUGCCGCGACCGAUACUCCGACCCCACCGAGCGGGAGCGCCGGUACCGCCUCGUCCGACGGCCUCGGAUCGCAGCAGAUCGGGAUCCUCGUGGGGUGUCUUGUCGGAGCCUUCGUACUCGGGAUCCUUCUCUGGUGUUGCUGCGCCAGGCGAUGCAGGUCCGCGCGGAGUUCCGCCUACGAGGAUAGGAGGAGGAAGUCUCGCUACCCUCCGUACGACGCCGCCGGCGUUACCAAGCCGGAGCAGACCUACUGGCCGUAUGAAUUUCCCCAGUCGAUACCUCCGCCGGUCGUACCCAACUAUGUUGCCGUGGACCCGAACCCCAGAUGGACGGCGUAUCAAGAAACAGGCCGUUCCGACCGAUAUUAUUACUACGGCAGGUGA